AUGCCCAGUGGCGAGGCUCAAGAAGCUUUGAUGCGCCAAGUCUAUAAGAAUUCCGCACUUGAUCCCAAGGACUGUGGCUUCAUAGAGGCACAUGGAACUGGCACGAAAGUUGGUGACCCUAUUGAAGCAACCGCUCUGCAUAACGUUCUGGGGCAAGGACGGACCUUGCGGGACCCUCUCUAUAUUGGUUCGGUGAAGUCAAAUAUUGGACAUCUGGAAGGCGCUUCUGGCAUCGCCGGCGUGAUCAAGGCAGCCUUGAUGCUUGAGCGUGGUUUCAUCCUGCCGAACUAUGACUUCAAAAGCCCCAACCCGAAAAUACCGUGGAAAGAAUGGAACAUGAAGAUUCCAACCAUGCAACGGCCCUGGCCGAAAGGCAAGAAAUACAUAAGCGUCAAUAAUUUCGGCUUUGGAGGUACCAAUGGUCAUAUAGUCUUAGAGGCAGCACCAUUUCGACAAAAGAUGACCAUAGAGAAGGACUUCGAUCUCGAAAAAGAGAAGUCUCGAAAGCUUUUCGUCUUUACAGCGAACGACAAGACAGCCCUGUCUGCCUUGAUGAAGAAUACCGUCGUUUAUCUGGAGCAAAGACCUGAAAUCUUUCAAGCAGAUUUGAUGGAAAAUGUAGCCUAUACGCUAGGUCAGCGACGGUCACUCCUCCAGUGGCGAGCCACCGUUCCCGCCCAGGACUCAUUUGAACUCAUUGAAGCUUUGUCAGGAGAGAAGUGCACGGUAGGUAAAGAGAUUGAGCCUCUAAGGAUUGGUUUCAUUUUCACUGGCCAGGGCGCUCAAUGGCACGCCAUGGGACGUGAGCUCUAUGACCAUUAUCCGGUUUUUGCUAGCAGCAUCGACUUGGCAGAUAGAUGCCUAGCCUCCCUCGGCGCGGAGUGGUCUCUAGUUGAUGAGCUUAACAGAGAUGCCAAGACCUCUCGAGUCGGCGAGGCUCAUCUCAGCCAGCCUUCAUGCACAGCGAUCCAACUAGCGUUGACUGACCUAUUACAAACAUGGGGAGUACAUCCCACUGCAGUAGCGGGUCACUCGAGUGGGGAGAUAGGGGCUGCUUAUGCCGCAGGUAUCAUCACAUUUGAGGCUGCCAUCGCCAUCGCAUACCACAGAGGAAGGCUUAUUCCCAUCCUCAAACAGAGAUACCCUGAGCUUCAGGGUCGCAUGAUGGCUGUUGGUGGAAGUAAAGAAGAGAUCAGCCCUCUCAUUGAUUCGCUGAAGGAAAAGGAAGUGCGAAUUGCUUGCUUCAACAGUCCGUCUAGUCUAACCAUCUCCGGAGAUGAGCCUGCUCUAGCCGAGCUUGAAAAGAUUAUCGAAGAGAAACAAAUGUUCAAUCGGCGACUGCUUGUCGAGACAGCUUAUCACUCCCAUCAUAUGAAUUUGGUCGCGAAGGAUUACCGCGCAUCUUUGCUUAAACUUGGGGCACCUGUCAAAACAGACGUCAUGUUUCAUUCGUCGCUCUAUGGACGUCUGGCCGAGGGCGCUGAACUGCAAGCACAGUACUGGGUUGAUAACCUGACUUGUCCAGUGAGAUUCUCAGAAGCGGUGCAGAGCAUGCUUGAGCCUGAUGGAGAGCAUAAGACUGGGGUGAACAUGCUUGUGGAAUUGGGCCCACACUCUGCUCUCCAGGGACCUAUCAAGCAGAUACUCAAGGCCGUAGGUGGCGCCGCUGCUAAAGUACCGUACGGUUCUGCUCUCAUCAGAAAGAAGGAUGCCGUCGAGUCCGCCCAAGAGCUUGCUUCGACGCUAUUCACGAAAGGCGCCACUCUCGACUUUGCAGCCAUCAAUUUCCCGAAACCGGGCAAACACCCUGCGCUGUUGACAGAUUUGCCACGAUACCCCUGGAACUACCAGAACAAAUACUGGCAAGAGUCUCGCAUGACUGACAAGCAUAAAAAUCGCAAGUCGCCACGCAGUGAUAUUCUCGGAACUGAGGCCAUCUACUCACAUGACUUGGAGCCAACAUGGAGAAAUAUCGUCAGGCUUGAUGACUUGCCAUGGCUCCGUCAUCACAAGAUACAAGGGCUCAACGUUUUCCCAAUGGCAGCAUUCAUUGUCAUGGCUCUUGAGGCUGCCGCUCAACGGGCUGCCUCUAAAGAAGUCCACGUUCAAAAAUUUGAAGUCAAAGACUUGACUGUGAUUAAACCUCUCAUCAUUCCGGACGAGGAUGUUGAGAUGACCAUCACCAUUCGACCACAUCAAGAAGGUACUCUUGUAUCUUCCGAUAUUUGGGACGAGUUCAGAAUAUCCUCGUGGUCUGUAAACAAAGGCUGGACUGAGCACUGCAUUGGUCUCGUUGCUGCAGAAACUCAUGAUGCCAACGCGGUGGAUAGCACAAGACAAAAAGAAGCGUCCGAGGCGCUUCUGCAAUCUACUGCCCAAGUUAUACAAGAUGCAGGAGCCGCUCCCAUCUCCCCUGUUGCGCUGUAUGACAGGCUAUCAGAGGUUGGGGUCGCAUAUGGACCUACCUUCCAAGGUAUUGAGGAAUGCCGUUCGUGCACCAACUACUCUAUGGGAAAGGUCGUCGUCAAGGAUAUUGCAAAGGAAAUGCCAAACAAUUAUCUAGCAACUCCUCUAGUUCAUCCGGCAUUUCUGGAAUCGCUUAUCGAGAUGUAUUGGCCAAUGCUUGGAGCAGGAAAAGCCGACAUCGAUACAGUUUACUUGCCAUCAUCAGUUCGGCGGAUUUCUAUCACGACGGAAGUACUUGAUACGGUGAAAGAGCCAGGCACCACACUGAGUGUCUACUGCAAAGGAGAAUUGCCGCUGCAAACUCCAAAGCCAGCCAAAGUCACGAUCUUUGCUACUACGAGCUCGGAUUCUCUGGAGCCUCUGAUUACUUUUGAAGAUUUGACUGUAUCUCCAAUCAUCGAAGGCGAGACGGAACUGGAUGUGAACGCACCAAGAGAAUUGUGCUUUAAAAUGGAAUGGGAACCAAUCCUUCAAAGCCUAGAAGACACAACAAGUGUCCCCGCUAGCUUCCCGGAUACCCAGGUUGCGAUAGUUCAUGAAGAAUCAAACUUUCAGAAUCUCGUGGCCAUGGGCUUAGCUACUGAGCUCGAACAAGCAACAGGCAAGCAGCCAGAGUUUGGGAGCCUGGAGAGCAUUGAUGCGGCUGGAAAGAUCCUGGUCUUCUUGUCUGAAUUACACAAACCAAUUCUGGCCGACUUGUCUGAGAACCAAUUUCUUGCACUUCAAAAACUUCUCGCAGGUGUUGAGGGAGUCCUCUGGGUUGUAAGGGGAGCAUAUGAUAGAUCAGUAAGCCCAGAAGCGAAUAUGGUCUCAGGUCUCAGUAGGGCCAUUCGCUCUGAAACCGCAAUGAAGUUUGCCACGCUGGACUUGGACGCAGCAACCCAGCUGUCAGAAGCAGAAACUACCAGGGCCAUUUUGGACGUCUUCCGAGCCGCAUUUGGAUCUAAGUCGUCAAACACUAGCGAGCUCGAAUUCAUGGAACGAGGAGGGGCUUUUUACACCCCACGAAUUGUCAAUGAUGACGAGAUGAAUGCGUACGUUCACAAGCAGACGAACCCAUCUGUUCUUGAGCCUACACCAUUUGGUGCAGAUGAUCGCAAACUGAAGCUCACCAUCACCACUCCCGGUGCACUUGAAACGCUGCAUUUCCUUGAUGACCCUAGUGUCGAAGAGCCUUUGCAUUCCGACCAGGUCGAAAUCGAAGUCAAGGCUGCUGGAAUGAACUACCGAGAUGUCAUGACCGUCAAGGGACAGGUUGUCGGUGAGCUUGGAGUGGAAGCAAGCGGUGUUGUCACUAGAACCGGAAGCACUGCCACUGGUGUGCAUGUCGGUGAUCGAGUCUCAUGUCUCACGGAGGGCUCUUAUGCUACUCGUACUCGUGCAAACGCUGGACUCGUCUUCAAGAUCCCGGAUGACCUGUCUUUCGAAGCCGCAGCUACAAUUCCUCUAGCCUAUUCCACAGCAUAUCAUAGUUUAGUCGAGCUUGGAAGACUGACAGAAGGUGAAAGCGUGCUCAUCCAUGCCGCAGCUGGAGCGGUAGGACAAGCUGCAAUCUCCAUCUCUCAGAUGAUUGGUGCGGAGAUCUUUGCAACCGUGGGUAGUGCAGAAAAGAAGGAGCUUCUGAUGAGGGAGUACAAUAUUCCAGAGGACCAAAUCUUCUACAGCCGCGACACAUCCUUUGGCAAUGGUAUUCGACAAAUCACGGAUUACAAAGGCGUGGACGUCAUUCUCAAUUCACUUACGGGUGAUUCUCUUCGGGAAUCAUGGAGUUGUCUGAAUAAAUUCGGCCGAUUUAUAGACAUUGGCAGACGAGACCUCUCUCACAAGACCCGGAUUGAGAUGUCACAUGCCGAUAACAACGCCAGUUUCAUAUCAGUCGAUAUAUUUGGAUUGCUUGCAGAGCGUCCUAAACAAGUUAAGAGAUUGAUGGCUGAUGUGGCAAAACUGGUCAAGUACGGCAAGGUCCGACCCGUUGCACCAAUAACGACAUUUCCCAUCUCAGACAUCGAAUCAGCCUUCAAGGCUUUACAGAACGCAAGAACUGAGGGCAAGUUAGUGAUAGUCCCGGGCGCAGAUGAUAUUGUUCUGGCACCACCCUCCAAGAAGCUCAAUGAUCUCUUGAAGCCUGAUGCAACAUAUAUUCUGAUCGGAGGAACUGGCGGGCUCGGUCGUAGUAUGGCUCGCUGGAUGGUUAGCAAGGGAGCGAAGCACAUUGUUCUCGUUUCUCGGACCGGAUCUGCUACUGGCAAGGUCAAGGAACUCAUUGAUGAUAUGAGCGCCAUAGGCGCGAGCAUCAUCGUAAAACGAUGCAAUGUUGUGAAUACGACCGAGGUCAAUGAUCUCGUUGCCAAUGGUCUUCAUGGGCUUCCACCUGUCCGUGGUGUUGUACAUGGAACCAUGGUCCUGCAUGAUGUGCUUUACGAGAAGAUGACCUUCGACGAUUACGUGACGGUACUUGAGGGCAAAGUGCAAGGUGGAUGGAACUUCCAUCACGCUCUGGCAUCAGCACCUCUUGACUUCUUCGUCGCUAUCUCAUCCGCCGCUGGAGCCGUGGGCAACCGUGGGCAGGCAGCAUAUGCCGCUGCUAACUGUUUCCUUAAUGCCCUGGUUCAACACAGAUUAGCACAGGGUGUCCCUGCUUCUUCCUUAGACUUGACUAUGGUCUCCGACUCUGGAUAUCUAGCCGACAACGCUGAAAAGCUUGCAGAGGUUAGCCGGAACUUGGGCAGUGAUAGCAUCUGCGAAUCCGAGGUUCUUGCACUGCUCGGGGCAGCAAUCAGCGGAAAACUCGCCACUACUUGCAAUAACCAUACAAUUACUGGCAUGCGGAUCACUCCGAGUAUGCAACCCUUCUGGACCACUGAUGCUAAGUUCAAGCAUCUGCGGUUAGCUAUGGAGGCUGCGGCUGCAGCGGAUGCAAGCGCAAAUGCUGGUGCCAUCUCGUUCAAUGCGGCUCUCAAGGCUGCUAAAUCGCCAGCAGAGGCCGAGGAAGUUGUCUGUAAUGGCCUAGUUGGCAAAAUCUCAUCAGUGUUGAUGCUCGAUAUUGAGGACAUGGACGUCACCCGAUCUUUGUCACACUACCCUCUCGACUCGCUGGUGGCCAUUGAGAUUCGCAACUUCAUCACUCGAGAAUUCGAGGCUAACAUGCAAGUCCUCGAGCUCUUGUCCAGUGGCUCUAUCCAGACUCUAUCAAGGGCAGUCUGUGGAAAGAGCAAAUUGGUAGCAUUUACCUGA